UAUUGGAGAAAUUCUGCAACACAACACAUACGGACCCAUAUACAAGUCCAUCAAAUGAAUUGACUCUUCAUUUCCAUUCGGAUGCCGAUGACUCCGAUAAAGGUUUUCAAAUGUUUUAUUCGCUUGUCGAAGGGAUUCCAGGCUGCGGUGGCACAUUCACGAAAAAAGUGGUGAAUUUCGGUCUCCCAUACAGGAUGGUGGAUAUCCAAGGGAUAUGGAGUGUAAAUAUCUCAUUAAAUUGCCACGCAACAGCGAAACGAGAGUUAAAAUAUCGUUUUUAUCAUUCGAAUUGGAAGGUGGAGAUGAAGGCAGCAUUUCAUGUAGCUAUGACUAUGUUGAGAUUUAUGAAGGACACGAUGAUAAGGCUCCGAAAGUGGGCCGAUGGUGCGGUAGUCGAUUGCCUCCACAAUAUUCCUCAUUAUCGAAUGAAAUUUUCGUUGUUUUCCGCACAGAUUCUUCGCGUCAUUUCGGCGGUUUCCACUUGAAAUAUGAAACAGAUUGUGGUGGAAAGUACCAAGAUGACAAUGGUAUCAUUACAUCUCCCUUUUAUCCCAGCCCAUACGAUGAGGACAAGAACUGUAUCUACGAUAUUGAAGCACCGCUCGGCAAAGCAAUUAUUUUGAAUUUUACAAACUUUGACAUCGAAGCUGAUUGUGACUUUGAUUCGUUACGAAUCUACGACGGCUUUGACAGCAAUGCUACCUUAAUCGGCACUUAUUGCGGCAACGAAAAACCACUGCCUGUCACAUCAAAAAUGAAUCACUUGCAUUUGAUCUUCUCAACUGACCGUUACGAUACCGGGCAGGGCUUCAAAGCUUCUUAUACAUUUAUUGACACAAACUGUGGUGGAUUUAUAACCACACCAAAUGUUACCAUUUCACCAUCAUUAGAGAGCGGUAAAUAUCUACAUCGUGCCAAUUGUAGAUGGUUUAUUAUUGCGCCGCCUGGUUUUCUCGUUCAGUUGAGAUUCACUUCAUUCGAUUUGGAAGGUCAUGGGUGUGAAUAUGAUUACGUAGAAAUUUUUGAUGAUAUUGUCACCAAUGGAACCAAUGCAGCUGCGUUUGGAAAAUUUUGUGGAGCUGAAGUACCACGUGCCAUCCGGAGCACAUCAAGAGCAUUGACAAUGGUUUUUAAAUCAGACGAAACAGAUACUGGCGAAGGAUUUGUGGCUACAUAUGAUUUCCUCGACGGCAGAAAUUUUUGUGGUGGCAACUUCUUUUCAUUGACUGAUACAAUCACUUCACCAAACUACCCAGAAAAUUAUCCAGGAAACAAAGAUUGUGUUUAUAUCAUCAAUGCACCACGUGGCAAGCAAAUUGAAUUGAAAAUCGAAGCAUUUGAUCUCGAAGAUAGAACUGGGUGUAUUUACGAUUCUUUGGAAAUCAGAAAUGGUGCAUCAGACAAAUCCCCUCUUAUUGGCACGUUUUGUGGAACAGACAUUUUACCCAGAUACGUAUCAUCCAGCAAUCACAUGUAUUUACGAUUCAAAAGUGAUUCGAGUGAUCACUACGGUGGUUUCCAAAUAAGUUAUGACACAGCAAGGAGUGGUUGUGGCGGUAUGUUUACAAAUGCUCAAAGUGGUACGAUAUCAUCGCCAAAUUAUCCACAACCUUACCCAGCAGAUAUGCAAUGUGAUUAUAGCAUUCAAGUGGCACGAGGUUCUACAAUUAAAUUGGUGGUGACCGAUCUCAUUAUGGAAACUAGUCUGGAUUGUUCAUAUGAUUAUAUCGCAAUUCAUGAUGGACCAAAUGCCGGCUCAAAACUACUUGGAAUAUACUGUCAUCAAUAUAGAAUCGUCUUCAAACAGUAUUUUCAUUCGAAUGGUUACAGAUGAAAGCAAUCAUGGGCAUGGCUUUGAAGCUAGGUUCAGUGCAAAUUGCAAGCGUGAAAUUCGAGACUUACGAGGAGCUAUCGAAACACCGAAUUUCCCUCAAAAUUAUCCACACCACGCCGACUGUGAAUGGAAAUUAAUCCCACCAAUGGGAAAUAGAGUAUUCCUUGAGUUUUCACACUUUGAAUUAGAGUCAAGCGCUGGCACCGAAUCAGAUGAUUGUACAUUCGAUCAUUUGACCAUUGAGGAGCGCGACAGCAAUGACGGAUUAAUUCGAACAAAUAAAUAUUGUCAAAUUUUAAUGCCAAAACCACUGAACACAUCCCAUAUCGUCGUUCUAAAGUUCAAGUCCGAUUAUAGUGAAACAUUUGGUGGUUUUCAUUUGGAAUACGAAAUGCAAGGCUGUGGCGGUACUUUAACCAAAUCUGAGGGACAAUUUACAUCACCAAACUAUCCAAACCAUUAUCCUCGUGACACACAGUGCCAAUGGGUGAUUCAAGUUGAAUAUGGACAUUUGAUUGAAAUCACUUUAACCGAUUUCGACUUCUCGGCUUUUACGGAUUGCAAACAAGUUGGAUUGAUU